AACGGUCAACAGCAAAACAUUAAACAACUUGUUAACUGUUUGUAGUUUUGUAGUUUUGUUUUUGUGUAGUUUGUUGUUCGUUCGUUCGUUGUAAUUAGUAAGUUAGUAAUAUAUAUUAAGUACCUAGGACGUAACUACUAGAUAGUAAGUAUACCGAGUAAGUAACGUGGACUUCGCAGUUACGCGGUCACACCAGCAUUCAGAUUCAUCUUAAAUAACUAAUAGUGACUGACAGUUAAAUUGAUCUGUUAUUGAAGGAAACAUGGAAACCCAAAAAACAAUGGAUAGUUUCAUCAAGAGUAGAAAAAGACCCACCAACGAUAAUGGCUUGCUUAAAAAGGGACUUACGAAUAAUAGUCUUGGAAUUAGUAAACCGACAAGAAAAUUAUCGUUUGAUUCUACGGGGCAGCAAACAAUUAAAAAACCAAAGAUUGAUUCUGGUACACCAAAAACAAUUUUUCAAAAUAAUCUAAAUGCUGUUGUCAAUAAUGCAAAUAAAAAUACUUUCGAGAAAAAAGAGGCUGAAAUUAAAAAUGACAUUCAUUUAGAGAGAGCUACAACUCCAGAUCAAACAGAAUCGACUAAAGCCAAAUUACGUAAAGAUUUGGAUUUGGGUGAAUUUCGUAAAAUCGUUCGCCGUAAAUUCAACAUUAAGAAAUUACAAGAAAAGUUGAAUGCAGUAGAACAAUCUCAAAUUGAUCUUAAAGCUGCAGAAUCUAAAGUAGAAACUGCUAAAAGUCAUUACUUAUCUUCAUUUAAAUCAGCCGAUCUCUUGGUUGAUACUAGCCCAGCAAAAGUGGCAUCAAGUCCCGUAGCACAAUCUCAGCUUAAACCUACUGCCUUAUUUCUGAGCCCAGCACAAUCUAUCGUUAGUCCUAGGAAAGUAAUGAACACUCAGAUGACUCACCCUAAAGAAUAUAUUUCGCCUAAAAAAUUAUUAAGUGAAGUUGGAUCUCUUUUGGCUUUCUCGCCAUCAAAGCGAUAUGCAGCACUGGUUGAUUCUAAAACAUUACCUCUUCCUUUAAAAUACCGUAUUUUGGAUGAAUUAUUCAAAGCUGUGGAAACCGUUUCAUCAAUGAUGUUUGUUAGAAAAGAAAAAAUUACUUUCAACAAACUCAAACGUGGAGUACAGCACAUGACUAGAAAAAAUUUUACUGAAUUGCAUUUGGCACAGAUUAAAACUGUAGUUCCAGAUUUCUUCAAGUUUGUAUUAGCAAAAUCGCCAAAAGAAAAAUCUAAUUAUGAAUUAGUAAUAAUUCCAAGUUAUGGCACAAAGAACGAAGAUAACAUUGACUUAAUUGAAUUAACAAUUCGAAGAAAAAAGGCAUUUUCUAAUGCACUACUUGAUAUUAUGAAAGAACAUCACGAAAAAUAUUUGAAUUCAUUAAUUCCACCCAUUGUGAUUGAAAAAGAUAAAAUAACCAGAUGGCAUCCUGAGUUUGACGUUGAAACUGCUAAAGAUAUUAUUCCGUCUACAUUACCUAAAAUUGAAAUUAACAAAGCAAAAAUAGAAACUGCAAAAGAUUUGUUGGAUAAAUCACAUGCUUUGUUUGCUUACAAUAAUCGUUUGAAUCGGACUGUUAACACAAUGAACAAUGAAAAUAAAAGUUUACCUGAAAAAAAAUUUCCCACAACUGAUGCAAAAGAUGCACUUAAGGGAGCUCUUAAAGGGAUUCCUAAAUCAUUUUUAAAGAAGAUUCAAGAAAAGCAAGCACAAAAAGCUAAAGAAUUGAUGACACGUUCAGUGGGUCAAUUAGAUGAAGAUAGAAUGAUGAAUAGAUUACCAGAUAUUGCUAGACGUAUGCGUACUUAUUUCGUACAGCUUCAAAGAAAUGUUAUGCCCUUCAAAAAAGUCAUCGAUCAAUUGAAGCAGAGUUAUCCUGAAGCUAUGACAGAUGAGGAUUGGAAAGCUCACUUAAAUCUUCUCCAAGAAAAAGUACCUCACUGGAUUGUAUCAAAAGUUUUUGAUGGAGUUGAACAUAUUCGAAUUGAUAAAAAAGUUGAAUUUGAAGAAACUGUAAUUAAAACAUUGAAAAACUAAUUUUAAUUUAACAGACUAAAAUUUAUCGACAAAUUGUUUAAUUUUCAUUUAUAAAUAAUAUCUAUUUUUUAGUUUCCAACAAUUUAUAUUGAGAUUUUUUUCUUUAUCACGUAUUGCCGGUUAAAAUUUUUUUUAAAAAUUACAGAAUUGUAUUAGUAAAGUAAUGUAUUUUACUAUUUUACAUUUAAAAUUAUCUUAAAUCUAUUGAUAAUAAAGUUAUUAUUUUAUCCACUAAUCACAACACUAUGACUUAACUUUUUGAAGUUAAUAUUUAAUUGAUUUUAUGUUAUUUUUUUGAUCUACGCAUUUUAAACAUUACAAUUCUUGAUGAUUAUUUACUAUACAAUUAUAUAAAUAUAAAAUUUAAGCAAACUGUGUGCACGUGAUUUAGAAAAAUAAUUCAUUAUAAAUUGGAUUUAAAUUAAAAAAAUUUUUUAUUAUAUAACUCAAUGUGGUACCCAAACCAGUAUUACUUAUAAAAAAAAUGUAUCCUUAAAAAUAUUUAAUACUCCAUAAAAUAAUUAUGUUUAGUAUUUUCCAAAAUAUAUUAUUCACACAAUUCGUAAUAUUAAAUAUUAUUCUGUUAAUUUA